GACCAGCGGUGGAUAGUCCAAAACAAAAAUGGCGGGCAAACAAGCCGAGUAGAGCUGAAACAAAUCAUGUCUUUUUGGGUGUAUUUUUCCCCUUAAAAUUAUGCCAUGUGCGAAGAAACCCCCCAAGACACAUUUUUUUCACACUGAGGGAAUCAUCUGCUAAUAAAGGAAGAUUCUUGUCUGAUUCGCCUUCACCAUGGCGCUUGUUUUGGGUGUUGGAGUUGGUCUCUUUGUGCUAGUGUUGCUAUGGGUUCUAGGAAUUCUCGGAUGUGUGGCGUUCUCACGGGCUACUGGCGGUCUCAAGAAUGCAGUCUUUGGUAUUGGAGUUCUGUUAAUUGUUGUCACCUUGGUGAUGCUGUUCUAUCCAAGAAAGACCCGACAAGAGGAGCUGGGUGGUAGAUCAUCCAAACAGGUUGAGGUUGAUGGCCUCAUUAUACCAAGGACAGUGCUCUUUGCAUUCAUGUGCAUCUUUGCCUUAGUGACAUUUGUAUUCCUUGUUGUCUUUCAUUGGAUGGAGCCUAUCUAUUCUCCAGCUCUGACAUCCAGAAAAACCUACCAGUUUUAGUAACGAACAAGACAAACUGGAACCGAAGCAACUUUUGUGGUUACGAGCAAGCUCUCUUAAACGAGCAAAGCUAAACUUAUUACAAAGGUUUUAUUUGUACAUAAAAAGGCAGUAAAAGGUUUCUUGCAGUAGUUGAUAAUUACAAGCUUAAUAGUAUGAAACAAUAUUUUAUUCAUUUAUCUGAGAAAAUAUUAGAUUCUGCUUGGUAGAUUUUAUGUAAAAUAUUGGGAAUGCUGUCAAACAUUUAUGUAAAAAUGUAAUAUAUAGUACAUCAUUUACUAAAACCAUAUUAAGUACUUUGUAGCAAUGUAUAUGUGUUAUUCAAGCUGAAAACUCACCACCAAUCCAAUAGAAUGAUCAACAGCACAGGAGCAAAAUCA